UUUGCUGAAAUAACAGUGACAAGUGUUGAUAAUAAUUUAAUUAAAAAUAUUUGUAAAAAAGUAUUGUAAAAGAAACUGUUAUUAUUGUCUUCUUAAAGUUUAUUGCAAAGUUAUUAGUUUAACGUUUAUUGAACUAAACUUUUAAAAGCCCCUCCAUCCAUCCCUCAACAUGAUGUCCAUACGAUCUCUACUCCUUGUCGUCGUCAUUUGUUUCUGGUAUAGCUAUGCCAAAGCCGAAACCAGUAGAGAUUUACAAAAUUGUGAAGCACACUUAAAUAAAUAUCGCAAAUUUCUACUACAAGCCAUACUAAGUUUUGAAGAUGUUUGUGAUGCCUACAAUGCCAGAGCAAAUCCUUCGGCAGAUACAGUUUUUCCACCACAAAUAGCUUUCUUUGGACGCUAUCAACCCACCGAACAAAAGACAGAAGUUUGGUCUUUCUUCAAACUACUAAUGGCACAAUUUAAUGAUAUGGAAUUUUCCAAUAUUAUACGUGAUGCUGUUAUUGAACGCUGUCACAUGAAAUAUCAAAUGCAACAACAGCAGCAACAACGUGAUGAAAAACGUAAUUCUGUGGUAUUGGGCAAGAAACAACGUUUUCAUUCGUGGGGUGGUAAACGUAGUGGCAAUGAUUUGGAACAGGAUCAUAAUGAUGAUGUCAAUUUGAGCUUUUAAAUUUAAACGAUGCACUAAACUAAAACGUAACUAAAAACACACUUUUUAAAGGGCUGGGAUAAUUGUAAAGUUUGUAAAAAUUCUUAAAACGCUAUGAAAUUAUUGUAAUUGAAAAUUCUAAUUUGUACAAAAGUAACUCAAAUUUAUUAUUAAAAAAUGUAUGUUUUAACUUGUUCUUAAACUUAAUUUUAAUAAAUUAUUGCUUAGCAAUUACAUUAAAGUAA